CGAAAGAGCAAGGGUCACGUAGACGGCGCUCCCCGCCCGGCUCGCGUUAAGUUCUCGCGCGAGUUGUACUUCCGCCCUUUUGGCUCUCCGGUCGGCACCAUGGCGGUCGGCAAGAACAAGCGCCUGACGAAAGGUGGCAAGAAGGGAGCUAAGAAGAAAGUGGUCGAUCCAUUUUCUAAGAAAGACUGGUACGAUGUGAAAGCUCCAGCCAUGUUCAAUAUUAGGAACAUCGGGAAGACACUAGUCACGAGGACUCAAGGAACCAAAAUUGCCUCUGAUGGCCUCAAGGGUCGUGUGUUUGAAGUGAGCCUUGCUGAUCUACAGAAUGAUGAAGUUGCGUUUAGAAAAUUCAAGCUAAUCACUGAGGACGUUCAGGGCAAAAACUGUCUGACUAACUUCCAUGGUAUGGAUCUUACCCGGGACAAAAUGUGCUCCAUGGUCAAGAAGUGGCAGACCAUGAUCGAAGCUCACGUUGAUGUCAAGACGACCGAUGGGUAUUUGCUCCGACUUUUCUGUGUUGGCUUCACUAAGAAACGCAACAACCAGAUAAGAAAGACAUCCUAUGCGCAGCACCAGCAAGUCCGCCAGAUCCGGAAGAAGAUGAUGGAAAUCAUGACCCGAGAGGUGCAGACUAAUGACUUGAAGGAAGUAGUUAAUAAACUGAUUCCAGACAGCAUUGGGAAAGACAUAGAAAAGGCUUGCCAGUCCAUUUAUCCUCUCCAUGACGUCUUUGUUAGAAAAGUAAAAAUGCUGAAGAAACCCAAGUUUGAAUUGGGCAAGCUCAUGGAGCUGCAUGGGGAAGGCGGCAGCUCUGGCAAAGCAGCUGGAGACGAGACGGGUGCUAAGGUUGAGCGAGCUGACGGAUAUGAACCGCCAGUCCAAGAAUCAGUGUAAAAUCCAGAUUUUUAAUAGUGACAAAUAAAAAGUCCUAUUUGUGAUCGUU